UUCUCAAACUGCAACGUCGCCCACAUAGACCCCGUUUAUUCGUACCGGUACAUAGAUCGCGUGUAUUGCUGAGCACUUUCUUUGUCUCCUUGUCUCCUUGACCUCUCCUUGUCACCUUCUCGCUUGCUCACAUAAAACAAAAAGACCUGGCAAGGAUCAAGCGAAACAAAACAUCACAGCAAAGUGCAAACUAACCAACGAAAAUCUCUCACCAUGACGACGGAAACAAUUCUACCGGCUGGCUUCACGCCAGGAGAUAAGGAUGUGAUGGUGGGGAGAGGCAAGGUCUGCUACAAGCACGCUGGAAAUCGACGCCUUACUGAAAUUGUCAGAAGUGCUCUUGGAACCUACUCCGCAAGUGGUGCUACCAAGAAAUCCAAAUCAGAAUUGAUCAAGAGCAUCAUGAGCCAAAUUCGAGAUGAGAGCCCAGAUGGUGGCUUUAUCAAGUUUGAUAAUGAGAGCGGCCGAUGGUUCAUUGUGGCAGAUCGAAUUGCCCGAGAGAAGGUAUCACAGACAUUCCGUGAUGCUCUCAACGAUCGCUACAAGUCCAGCACUACCUCCAAGACCCUAAAGAGGCGCCAGCAGAGAAUUAACAGGCAGACCAGCACGGGAUCCAAAGGAGGCAGCUCGUCGGAUGGCACCAACAAGGUUGAUCAGCAGGAGAUUCCUGAAGCUCAGGCUCGUGUUGAUGCCCUCCUGAUGGCUGCCAACUUCACGGCAAAUAAGCAAAUGUUGCCCCAUCCUGGCAUCUCCGCAUUGCCUGGCUUGGGAGUAGGCAUGUCUCCAUACUAUUCCCCGGGGCUUUUGCACGGAUUCGGCAACCCCAACAUGAUGUCUUCCAUGAUGAAUCCUUCCCUGGCCAACUUGAUGGCGGGACCAGCCACAGCCGCCGCUCAGGCCAACUACAACGCCAUGUUCAUGGCAAGUGCCAAUAAUGAAAUCCAGCAGCAGCAACAACAACAAGCCAUGAAGGAAACAGCAGUUCCGACACGUCCAAAGCUGGAACCGUGAAGAAAGGGACUUGUCGCCAUGGGUUGUUUGAUCUUUUCCUUACGUGUCUUCCACAUUCGAAAAGCCUACUAUCCUCCUGUUCGUCAUUUCCCGGGUCUUUGGAUAUGCAAUAAUACUAUAGCUUAGCACGCAUUAUUU